AUGAAUUCUCCGGGCGGGAGAGGGAAGAAGAAGGGCUUAGCUGCCUCCAGCUCCCCGACUCGGGCCGCCGGGACUUCCUCUCCGCCCGGGGCCGGGCCGGCUCCCUCCGUCCAGCCCCACCAGCAACAGGCAGCUGCGGCGACGGCGGCGGCGGCUUCCCCUCACAAGCGCAACCUCUACUACUUCUCGUACCCGCUGUUCGCCGCCUUCGCCCUGCUCCGCUUCCUGGCCUUCCAGCUGGGGCUGCUGUUCGCCUGGCUCUGCGAGCGCCUCUCCCGCGGCGGCGUCCUCAUGGCAGCCGCCAAAGGCACCGCCAGGGCCGGCGCCGGCGACGCUCCCGAGACGGUGCGAGCCUGCCACAAGCGCGCCUUCGAGUGCAUCUCCACGGCGCUGCGCAUCGACGAAGACGAGGCCGGUAAGGGAGGCCCCGGAGAGGCGAAAUGGCUGCGGCAAGGGAUGGGGGGGGGAGAGCGGUUGUGUUGCGCGGCGAGGACGGUGCCGGUGGAGGGAAGGGGAAAGGGAUGCCGCCCAGGAGGACAGGGGCGGGCGUGCGGCGGGAGAAGCCCCCUUUCGCCGUCGCCUCACGCCCGUCGGAUGGCUGCGCUCGGUGCCCCCUAGUUCUGUCAACCUCCCCUUCCCGGCGCUGUGUCUCCUUAUGCUUCCGAGUUCGCUCUUGUCGCCCAUCUGCUCUCGCAGUCGAGGGGACUCAAGAGUGUUUUUAUAGGUCCUCCUUGUAGUGUCGGCAGCGAUGGUUCAGUCCCCGCGCAAUUAGUUAGAUAGGCAACGGUUUAAAAGGCGAGGGGCUUUGAAGAGUAGAAUUGCUCCAGAGUGAAAAGUCUAUUUACCCCAUAAGAGGCGGCGAAUGUUACAAUGUAUGGAGGGUGCUGACAUGAAGGACUUGGUGGGUGGAGUCUAUGUAAAGGGAGGCUUUGCUGCGAAUGUGAAAGAGACUUUGUGUUACCCGCUUAGUCUCUUUGUUCUCCGAGUUCAGCUUGUACUACUGUGGUUCAUCAUACACCAUCACCAGCCGCUGCGGCUGUUAACUUGUUUGGGCUGCAUAUCAAAUUCAAGUUUCUAAGGAGUUCAGACAAAUUCUUGAGAUGGUAAUACUGAGGGGGGGGGGAAUGUGUAGAAUGGUGAGCUCUAUGAAGGCAAACUAUUCAGAAAGGCCUUUUUUUUGUUAGGGUUGACUGUACUGUAACUUAAACAGUAGCUGUUAGUCUUGAGAGAACACGAGAGCUCAGAUAUUUUAAAGCUAAAUCGUUUGCCAUUUGUAACCUUCAAUGCUUCCUGGUGUGACACUUUUGGUAAAAGAUAAGCCAUUGAUAGAAGCUUUUAAUAUGCUGUAAAUAAAUAGGGACUGCAGUGAGGUUUGUUGUAAGUUUUACUUAAUGUAAUAGGUUAAGACCUACUCUUUCCAUUUACUUAUUUGGUGGUGAUUUAGAAUAAGAGUGAAAAAUAACCUUUCCAAUGCAGCAGUCAUACAAAUACAAUAAGAUGGAUGUUGAAGCAGCCUUACACUGACCUAGACAACUGGUUGAUUCUAACCUAACCCUGGGUUUCAAGCAGAGGUUAUUCCCAACACUGCUACCUAAGAUACUUUUAGCUAGAGAUGCCAGGGAUUGAACCUUUUACAUCCAAAAUAUGUUCCUUCCCACAAGUUAUGGUUCUGAACAAACAGCAUUGGACUGUCAACAUAUGUAACAAAAACAAAAAUUAAGACUGACAUUAAGAACAUGGUAAGAGCCUACUGAAUCAGGCCAGUGGCUCAUCCACUAUCCUGUUUUCAUAGUGGCCACCCAGAUGCCUGUGGGAAGACCGCAAGCUAGACAUGUGUGCAACAUCAUUCUACCCAACUGGUAUUGAGAGGCAUAAUGCCUCUCACAGUUGAGAUAGACCAUUGCCAGCAUGGCUUGUAGCUGUUUAUAACCUUGUCCUGCAUUGAUUUUUUAAAUCCUCUUUUAAAACCGCCUAAGUUGGUGGCCAUUGAUGCCUCCUGUGGGACUGAGUUCUAUUGUUUAAUUACAUGUUGCCUAAAGUACUUUCUUUUAGCUGCCCUCAUUAUUCCAACAUUCAGCUUCAUUGGAUGUCCAUGAAUUGUAGUGUUAUGAGGGAGGGAGAAAAACUUUUCUCUAACCACUGUCUCCAUGCCAUGCAUUAUUUCAUACACAUCUAUCAUGUUACCUCUUGCCUUUUGUUAUUUUUAGGUAUUGAUGGUGAAUUCGAACCCCGUGUCCAGUAACUUUCAAAACAUAAGCUGGAAUUGGGUAUUUUUUUCAAGUUGCCCACCCUUUAAGUUUCCCUACAUAGUGAUUGUGGCACUACAUGGCUUUCCUGGAAAGUGUAGAAAUAAGCAAUAUUCGGGAGUAAUAUAGCUGAUUGCCCAUUGUUUUGUAUGAGAGAUUAAACAAAUCUGAAACAUUAAGAUUAAACCUUUCUAUCUCAUUUGUUCAGCAGAAUCAAGAUAAGGAAGUAAGUGAAUGAGUUCAAGACAGUUUGACAAGCCAAUGAAAAUAACUUUCCAUUUCACUCUGGGUGUGCUGACCCCUGCGAUUUCCCCAAAUGUGGGAAGCUUGACUGCAUAAUUUGUGGUAGGUUUAGGAUAGGUUAGGCUGAGACAGUGAGGGAGCUGGGGUCAUGUAGUAAGCUUCAUGACUGACUUCUAGUAUAACACUCUGAUUCUUCACAUGCAAAAAAAUUACAGCAAAACUUCAUGGACUGUAUUUCAAACUGUGUCAACAUAUUAAUGUGGUUUGAUCAGUUCAGGAUCUGAACUGAAAGAAAUUCUCACAUAUUGAAUGGGUAAUUGCCCUGCUUGGCUGUGCUUUUCUCCCUCUAGCAUGUGGAUUUACUUGCUAAUGUGAGCUGUCUGGAGCUCCUUGCUUUUAAGGUGCUUUUUAUAGUUCACCUGAGAUAACCAUAGCCUGUUGAGGUCUGGAGUGUAUGGAUUUACUUGUAGCAGCUGAUGUGUGGAUGAUCCAGCAUUUCUGUGUGGGAUUGAAUCGGGUAACUUUCAGACUUUGAUUGUGUGCUCUUGAGUAAUCUGAUAUUAAAAGCAAGGCACUGUGAAUUCAUUGACUUCUCACAUUCUCUUGUGAUCCAGAUUCUCAUUUUUUUAUCUAAAUACUUUAUUGACACUUUGUUUCUUUAAAACAAAUAAAAUUGGAAUGUGAAGGCAGUCAGAGUAGCAUAAUGUCAAGGUGAGUUCUGAACCUGAAAGUCUGAGGUCACCUGUCACUUCAGUCAUGAACUUCCUAGAUAGCGUUAGUCAGACCACUAUCUGUAUACCUUAGCUUUCCAUCUGCAUAUGGAGAUACUUUUGAUUUACUUGUCAGGCUGCAAGCAAUCAAAAGCACAAUAUGAACGUUCUGUAUUUCAUCAAUCCCAUAACAACUCUUGACGUGUAACUGACUUUUCUGCACAUAUUGUUAUUGGGUUGCUUUCUGAACAAGCUUUAAUACUGGGUUGAGAUCCAAUAUAGUGUGGAGCAGUUACCCCCUGUGGGCCCCCACAAGCCUCAAAAUCUGUUCCAGAGGGUUGAGCAGAUUUGGGUUGUUUGGAGCUGGAGGAUGGAGAAGAGAAAACAGAAGUCUGAAUGCGCAUACUGGUAGCCAUCUUCAAAUAACUUCCUUAGGCUCUAUACAGUGUCUGCAGUUCUGACCAUUCUUCAUAACGGAAAGUAUGCAACCAACUUUUUCUCAGCAGGACAAAAGGAACAAGCUGUUGAAUGGUACAGAAAGGGGAUUGAAGAACUGGAAAAAGGAAUAGCUGUGCUAGUUACUGGUCAAGGUAGGCCAACCUUGUGUCUCUGAAACUGUGAGCUUAUUUUGAUCCUAAAUUUAAAUGAAUAAACAGAAGGAGCAAUUGAAAUCUGCAAAGAAAACCUAGUAAAUCAUCUUCUUUUUUUCAGAAUUUUUUAAAAAAAGGUUUUCAUGGUUAAGUUUUUUUCCUCUGACCUCGAGCCAUAUUACCAUGGAUUUUGGGUUUCCUUGAGGUUAAUCACUGGUUGUUUGCUCCUGCUGCUGCCACACUGCCAGGAAACAAGCCAUGGUCUAGUUUAGCAUUAUGGUUGGGGCUUGUUUGGAGCAAAAACUACAGACUUUGUUUAAAAUAUGUUAGCCACCAGACCACAGCUUGUUUCCUUGCAAUGCAGCAGGAGUGGCAGAGGAGUAGCAUUCAUGUUAACUUUCAAAUGUUUGUUGAAAUUUUUUCUUUGCCCUAAGGCUUAUGCAGACAAUUAAGAAACAUUUCCCAUAGUAGUCAGCUGGUGAUCUGUUUUAAGUGUUUAUGUGGUUUUUAUUGUAUUAUAAUUGUUGCAGAUGGCUUUGGUAUUUUUCACAAAAUUGAGGUAGACAAAUAUGUUUAUAAAAAAAACAACUAAACCUUAGUUUAUGUUUGAAUGUGAUGUGUGAACAAGGCCAGAGUUGUUGAAUGCAAUACACUUCCUUAAUUGCUGACAGCUAAUUGUACUUGAAAUAAAAUCUCUGUUUUGGAAAUACUCAAACCGAUACUCAUUAAAUUUUCUAAAUAAUAACCAAAAAAACCAUCUGCCAUUAAAAUUGUACUGAAUUAAUUCUGGUUCAGGCCAAUAAAGUCAGAUCCUAAACUGAUUCUGUUCCAGUUCAUGUUGAAUAAUACUGAAUUCAUAAUGGGAUACAACAAAUAUUUAGGAUUGAUCAUAGACAAUCAGAACCAUACUUUUAAAUGGAAUUAAUCAGAGGUUGCUGGACUGAAGUUUCCAGCAUCCUUGGCCAUUGGUCAUAGCUGUGAGGCCUAUGAGAAUUGGAGUCCAACAACAUCUGGAGGGCUGCAUGUGUGAUUUAGAUCAGCACAAUUGCAAACCUUUUCUUUAGAAACUGCAGGCCUAACCAACACAAAUAACAGCUUGCCCAUAAGGAAACAAGCUCAAAACACUGUGUCUUUCAUGUCAGAACUUAGAAAUAAGUUUUAUCAUGACUUAAAAGUCUGAUGAAGGCAUUCUGUGGUGCCCAGGUGCUUUUAACCCCUUUCCCCACCAUGCCAUUAUCCUGUCUGUUGCUAGUUACUUCUUUGAAAGAAUGGAGUACACACAGAAAUUUGACAUAAUUCAAGAAUAAAAAUCCUUCCAGCAGGAGUGCCACCUUGGCUGCAUGACCAUGGGUGCCAUGCAGUAAGCAUGGCCCUGGCACCGAAAUUUGUAGGUGCCCAGACCCUUCACGGGCAAUUUUGUGGGUGCUCGGUUAGCCAGGGCCCCAGCAAGUUGGCACUUAUGCCUUCCAGAUAACUCUGAACCACCCCGAGACAUGUGGGUAUAGGAUGGUAUAUAAAUUCAAGAAAUAAUAGUAAUAAUAAUAAUAAUAAUAAUAAUAAUGGGUUCACGUGCUAAUGGUUCACUCUUUUUUUUGGAUAGUUUAUAUUAUCUACCACUUGUUUCUUAGUUGAACUUGUAUUUUGAACAGAUAACCUGGAUUUUGUUUUUGUUUGUCACAGUUGUGGUUCUACAAAGUAUCUCUGUUGAUGGUUCAUGUUCUCUUUUCAGAGGGAAUGGGGAUAAAAUUCAGUCAGAUUUUUUGGCUCAAGUCAAUCUUGCUACCUUGGCACUAACAUUUUUGGUGUUGCUUUUAAAAGCAAGUUGAAAGCUUUAAAUACAUAUUUAAUUUUGAUGUAAGAAGGCAUCCUAUCUGUAAAUUGGCAAAACAAGUAUACUAAAAUUGUAAUGUAAAUGUGGAAUGGCAAAUAGUUAGCAUUUAUUAAUAUCUUAGAAGUUUUUGUUGUUGUUUAGAGAUUAUUGGGGCUAAAAUCAAUCCAAACGGUUGCACUUCAUGUUCCUUUAGAAUGGUUUUUUCAUCAGUUUAGAAAUCUGACAUACUACUUGUCAGAAAGAGACCUAAUACUACUGCUAGUUCCAUAUCAGCAUUUUGAAAUAAUGGCAGGGAAUAGAAAAUAUGAACAGGGAGCAGGCUAAUUGCACAUGUAAUGGGAAAAUACAGCUAGUCUGAACACGUUCUUACUACUGUGUUCAUUUGCAUAUUUUCCUCAUUUGUGCAAAUGUCCCCGAAGAGAGAAAAGCAUGCACAGACUUGUUCUAAUGUUACAUAUCUAUGCAGAGCAUCAUUUUUUUUUGCCAUAAGUAAGUUGUAAUUUUAAUAUUUACUUCUCUUUUUUGCUAUAGUGUGGGACAAACAUUGCUGUUGUACUUAUGCUUGAAUCUGAAUAUUUAACUUUCUUUUUAAGGAGAUCAUUGUGAUCGAGCUCGCCGUCUCCAGUCUAAAAUGAUGACAAAUUUGGCAAUGGCCAAGGACCGUUUGCAGCUGUUAGGUAUUACUUAAUAUUUUUAUUUUGGAAAACGGGAAAUGAUAGUUACAUAAUGCAUAUAUUUAAGAAACAUUUAUUAAUCUGGCUUUUUAAUUUUUGAAAGGGGUAUCUCGGUAUUGGAUUUUAACUGCAUAGAACCUAUAUACCCACUGUGACACAGAUACAGGAAUAUUGGCAGAGCCGGGGUCUUUUAGGGGGAGGGAUUUAAAGGGGCUGUGAGAAAAACAGACUCAAGACUCUAUUAAGAUGAAGAACUAGAGUUCUGGAGUUCAGUUGGCUCUCUGAACUAGAGAAUUUAUUUGGUACACCCAGUGGAAGUAAAUCCAUGUUGCACCUAAAAUAAACAUUUUAAAAGGUCUCUUUUAGUAAAUCUGAGUGAAUUCACAGUUUGUCAUUCUUAUAUCAAGUAAAAAGAAUAAAGGACCAAACUAGACAGUCUGUGUAAGAAACCAGGGGCCAGUGUGGUGUAGUGGUUAAGAGCGGUAGACUCGUAAUCUGGUGAACCGGGUUCGCUUCCCCGCUCCUCCACAUGCAGCUGCUGGGUGACCUUGGGCUAGUCACACUUCUCUGAAGUCUCUCAGCCCCACUCACCUCACAGAGUGUUUGUUGUGGGGGAGGAAGGGAAAGGAGAAUGUUAGCCGCUUUGAGACUCCUUCGGGUAGUGAUAAAGCGGGAUAUCAGAUCCAAACUCCUCUUCUUCUUCUUCAGCCUUAGGAGGAUGCAAGUUUGUGUGGAACAAUGGCAUUGAAAGAGGCUGCUUAACCCUUCCCCUUCAGACUGUUUUUCUACUUAAAACCCAACCACUCCUGCUGCAACUAACUGGGCAGAAAAAUGGAUACAUGCCAUAUGUUAAGCUGCCUACUCACCUCCUGGCAUACCUCCACUCAAACCAGCAGCCCCCUGAGACUGGUCUUAGUGUAAGAGAUGCAUGCAACUUGCUGCAUGUCACAUUCCUAAAUUGCAGUAAUGAGUGUUGGAUGUAAGAACUUAAGUAAAGCUUUAGAGCUGAUGACUGAGUCACACUAAAAAAAAUCUAAUUAUAUUCUAUGGCCAUGACAUACAACUUGUUUUCAAUAGAGCAUAGUAAAAACUUAAAAUUAACAUCAUAUAGCUAUAGUAUGUACUCUGUUAACACAAGCUUCUUAGGUAUGAGAAGUCUGGCUUAAGUAUCAGUCUUCCUGAGCUAUAACUGUACCUCUUGCCCCUCCCACCUGCCCUUCCAUUCUCUCCCCCUCACCAGUGGGUUUCCAGUCCUACUCAGAGUUUCAGUCACAACAUAGUUUAAAUGUAACUCUGUUUUUUCUGGAACGCUCCAAAUUAAUCUUGCUUCUUUCUUCUUGAGAUGAGGGCUUCGAGUAAUUUAUUAGUCCUGCUGGUACUUGGCAAAAGUACAGAAGGAACUGAGUCCUUAAGGUGCCAUAGGACACUGCUUUGUUUUGCUGCAGCAGACUUAACAUGGUCGUCCCUUGCAGUAAGUCUUAGGCCAGAUAGUAGCCCAAUCUUACGCAUAUACUAUGUAUUCAGUAGUCUCCCUAAAUUUAAUGGAUAUGAUUUAGAUCAUAUGUUAGCGUGCAUAUGCCUGUAGCUUAAAAGUAAAUCUGAUAAUUAUUUGUCUUAUUUAUGUGUUGUUUUAUGGGAAAACUAUAAUUUUAAAAGAAUUUUUAUCGUAGCAUUUAUUGUUAAUAAGGCUUUAGGUGAGUUAUUGCCAUUGCAUAGAUAAUUUUGACAUAGAGUGUAAUACUUAACAUGCUUUGUUUAUAAGCAGCAGAAAUCUGUUUGAAACUUGGUGCAAUUAUGGAAAGAAACCACAUUUAGUUUGGGGGGCUGAUAAUGGCUUCAUAGUGGUUUUUUCAUUUGUGGAGUAGCAUAGGGCUCUGUAUUGUUGUUCCAUGUUUUUAAUAUCUACAUGAAACUUCUGGGGGAAGGUAUCCAAAGGUGUGGUCACAGUGUCAUCAGUAUGCUGACAGCAUGCAGCUGUGUGUUUUGUUGCCAUCUUCUGAUGUAAUUGAGGCUGUUAAAACCCUAAACCAGUGCUUGAAGGCAUUUGUGGGACUGAUGAACUGAGGUUAAGUCCAGGCAAGACAGAGGUGCUCUUGGUUGGAGAUUCCUGGCUUCAGAAGGAGGAUUACAGCUAGCACUGGACAGGGUAACAUUAUUCCCUAGAAUGGGAUGGAUUCCCUCCCCCCCAGCCCAAGGGUUGGAUCAAGGACUUGCGUUAUUUUUGGGGGGCUGGGAGGGACCACCUACUUUUAAAGUCACCUGAUGUCAUUAUCAAUUCAGGUGACAGCAGAGGAGCUCACUUUCAGCAUCUGAUUGGCACUGACAACAAGCCCUUUUGAAGCUGUCAGUUUGCAGAUGUGAUUUGAAUCCAAACCACACAUGUGAAAGGACACGUUCAAAGGGGCUCACUGAAAGUGUCAGUUGGUGCUGAGAACGGGUGCUGCUUGCCAAGGAACACUCAGGAGUGCAUUUUAAGCUCCCCAUUAUUCCUUUGCAGCUGUGUCUUUAGCUGCCUGGCAUUGCAUAUGGUAUCAGGUGUGGGAAAGGUAGGCAUGGUUUGGCAGAAAAGGUCUUGUGGGCCAAAUAAAGCCCAUGCAACAAAGGCUCCCCACUGUUGCUGUUAAAGGACCCAAGUUCUCCUGGCUUCAAUACUGACUGGGGGAGCCUAGGUAGCAUUUGUAUCCAGGAGUGUAUUUUAUCGACUUGGUACACUAAGUACAGCCCUUUCUGGAGCUGACAGACCUAGCCACAGAUCUGAUCCAUGCUGUGGUCACAUCUAGACUGGAUUUAAUAUUGUAAUGCACUGUAUGUGGGGCUAUCUUUAAAUAUAGUCCAGAAACUUCAGCUGCUUCAAAACAUAACCACCAGAGUUCUGAUGGGUGUAUGGCAGUCAGCUUCAAUAACACUUGUAUUCAUUAAUGACACUGGCUCCUAAUAUGUCUCCAGGCCCAAUUCGAAGUGCUGGUUUUAGCCUUGAAAGUGCCAAAUGAUUUGGGCCCAAGUUACUUAAAAGGCUGCAUGCACCAUACCAUCCUGCCCUCGCACAGAUAUCUCAGUUAGAGGACCUCUUGAUGUAUUCACCUCCUAGAUCUAUUAUGUGAAUGACUAGGAGACAGAGAGGGAGUCUUUUAUGGCUCCACAGUUUGGACCUCUGUCCAAGUAGAGCUGUGGUGGUCAGCUUUUCAGAAUGUUUCAAAAUAUUCAUUUGUUUCAAAUUGCCUUCCCUGGAUAAUUUUUUGUUCCACUCACUUAAGGAAGCUGGAAUGUUUUUGUGUUACUAAAAUUCUGAGUUUGUAUUUAUCUGUGAUCUUUAUUCUUGAUUUUAAUGCUUGUAGUUUUUAUUGGUUGUAAAUCUCUUUUGAUAGUCUUUGCCUGGAAAAGCAUCACACAAGCAUUUUAAAAUAAAAAUAGUUUAGAGCAUGCAGGUGAAAUCUCUCAACAUCUUCACCUUCCAUCAACAAGACAUAGCCGUUUCCAUAAGCCCUAGGUAAAGCGUAAAGGGACCCCUGACAGUUAAGUCCAGUUGCGAACGACUCUGGGGUUGCGGUGCUCAUCUCGCUUUACAGGCCAAGGGAGCCAGCGUUUGUCCGCUCCGCAGACAGUUUUUCCGGGUCAUGUGGCCAGCAUGACUAAGCCGCUCCUGGUGCAACGGAACACUGACACCAGAGCAGCGCACGGAAACGCCAUUUACCUUCCCGCCGGAGCGAUACCUAUUAAUCUAUCUGCACUUUUAGUGUGCUUUCAAACUGCUAGGUUGGCAGGAGCUGGGACCGAGUAAUGGGAGCUCACCCCGUCGAGAAGAUUCCAACCAGCGACCUUUUGAUCAGCAAGCCCAAGGCUCAGUGGUUUAGACCACAGUGCCACCCGUGUCCCUAUGUUGGAACAAAAACCCAAGGAGGCAUGUAACUAAAUUUGACAAGUGUUAGAAAUAACUGGCCGUAUGUUUGGCUCUAGGCCUCUUAUCGUGCCACUUUGUCUCUUGACAUGUGAUGAAAUCAUCAACUGGGGUCACCUUUUGAUCUAAAGACAAGUGGAUAACAAUACAAGUACAAUAAAGUGUACUUCGCCUGAUCCAGCAGGCUCCUCUUAUGUAACUGAAGAAUGCAUUUUGUGAGCUAAAACUACAUUGAAAACUGUUGCUUUUUGACAGUGGCUGUUUCUCUUUUCUGUGUGGGUUGGAUUCAAACUUGCAUGCAAUGGAGUUUUGAUCAUGUGAAAAUCGGCUAGAGGAACAGAGAAGGGGAAGAUUAUUUUUGCAAGUUCCUCCUUUCCUGUGUUGGCCUCUGAAAAGCUGAUAUAAGUGGCUGCAGGCCCCUAUGCAACAAUGGGCAGUGACAAUGAGGACUGCAGGGAGAAAGGGGGAUAGUAGAAAAUAGCCAUCUAUUCCAGCAUAAGCUUCUGCUAGAUCAGAAUCACUCCCAUAUGCAUUAUGGCAACCCUGCACCCAACCUUUCUUUUGUUAAAUAAAAUGGGUGUUGACCCCUCUUUCUAAAACCAAUUAGUGUGAAGAACUCCAAAUAAGUUAAGUGUGUGAAUGCUGCAGGGUUUUAUGACAAGUCAAGUUCAAGAGGCUGUUUAAUACAAGAGAAACUAUGUUACUUCAGAAAGAUGACAAAUAAUGAUUGUCAUAAGGGCUGGAGCAUUGGAAUUGAAGCAGUAUAAUUUCUUGGAAUAUUUCUCAAGUACACAUCAUACUUUAGAAGUGGCAGAAAGACUUCAUCAGUUUACCCCAAAUCUGCUAAUUGUACAAUAAUGCUACACCCCUUUAAGAAUCCAUUUUCCCUUUAGGAUAUUUGAUAUUUAGUAAUGUAGUGUUGCAGUUUGAAGAUGCUAAUUUGAUCAGAAAAUAUUAUUCUUGCUCAACCUUAUUAAUUGAAGAAUUGUCUGACGUGAUGUAAUCUGCUGAAGCAAGCAUUAGCUGUUAAAUAUGGAGUGGUAAUUAUACACAAACAUUUGCCAAUAAAGCGUACUAUAAAGAUAAGAUCUGGCUGCAACAUGUACCAACUGGUUACAAGCUCUCUCACCUAAAACCUUCUUUUUCCCAUGGAUAGAGAUACCUGUGCAUACAGCAUUGAAAAGUUUCCCAUCAAUCUUUUACAUUGUGAUUUCUGACUAACUUGGUUAUUGACUGUAAUUCACAACCUUUUCAUAAUAGUAUAUCAUCUUUUAGAUGUUCUUGUAGCUUCAUAAUAUAGCAAACAUAAGACACAUGCUUUCUAACUUUAAUCCAUUUCAAGUCAAUCAAAGGCAAAGUCAUUUUUUGUGUGAUUUAGUGUACGUAACUUCCAUGGGUUCAUUUUUUGUUUUUUAUUUGUCCUUCCCCACCCUUCUGUUUUGUUGCAUAGAGAAGAUGCAGGCAGUUAAGCAAAUUCCCAAGCUGCAAAUGGAAAUCUGUAGUGACAGUACUAACCUGGUAUGCCGCAAUGGACAUCUCCAGUCAGGUGGGUUUGGUUUUACCAGCACCUAAAUAAUUAGGGGGAUGUCUCAGUAUAUAUUAUGUAACAAAGAAAAUAUGCAGUGCUAAAUUGCCUGCUCCUAAACAAUUUUUAAAAUGCUUUUCUACUGAAAGGUUUCUGUAGUACGUUCUGUCCUCAAAAUUGUGUUAACAUUGCGCUUGUUGAACUCCUUUCCUUGUACUUUAAAGUUCACCACAUUUUAAAUGAAAUGGUUCCUAAGGAAAUCGUUAAUUUUUAAAAAUCACAUGCUUUUAAAAUGCAGUUUUAACAGUUUGAAAAAAACACCCUGCAUUUUGUGAAAUAUCGUAUCAGGAAAAAAAGCUGGGAGAUUUUAGAGGCAGCUACAAAGUGAUAUAAGGCGAAACUAUAUAACUGGAUUGUUUUGAAUUCUAUUUUAUAUUAACAUCAACCAAAACAAUAUUUGAAUACACUUCCCGUUAGUUAUAUUCUACUUUUUAUUAUUGGUCAUUUCUCUUUUGCUGCUUGAUGUUAGAAAGUAUGCCUAGAAUUAUUGUAAAAGGCUGCAUAUAUGUGAAGGUUAAUUGUGUUGUUAACUAGGAGAACUAUAUGUGAGAGUUGGUUGAAGUCAUAUAUUUGGGGGAAGGAUUGUAACCUGACAUUCUGAAAGUAUGCACUAAAAAGGAAAAGUGAACUUAAAACAGCAGAUUGUGAAAUGUUCAUUGUUAGCUUUGUAAUUUUGUUAAGCGGGGUAGCCUCUCUGCAUACUAUUUUCACUGUUUGUAGGACAAAUGCUUUCAAAUGAACAGAUGCAAAUAUUGUUGAAAGCACAACUUAGCUAAAACAUAAGCAUGGUGGCUUAAUAUUUUUGCUUUAGAAAUUUGAUAUUUUAGAUGAGAAUCCCCAGAGAUUUGAGGUGGAAGGGGUUUCCUCAGUUGUUGUUUUUUUAAAUCUGCCUGUUACUUUUAGGCCAUAAAUACUCUCUUCAUUCUUGUUAACCAUUCUUAAAUGAGGCUUUGAAAUACUACCCGCCUUUCAUAUACUUUUGCUUAGCUUAUGUACACGGCUGGAGCUUCCAUAGAAUCAUAGAAUCUUAGAGCUGGAAGGGAUCCCAAGGGUCAUCUAGGCCAAUCCCCUGCAUGCAGUAAUCUAAAGCAUCCAUGACAGAUGGCCAUCCAACCUCUGCUUGAAAACCUCCAAGGAAGGGGAGUCCACCAUCUCUCAUGGGAGUCUGUUUCACUGCUGAACAGCUCUUACUGUCAGAAAGUUUUUCCGACUGUUUAGUCAGAAUCUCCUUUCUUGCAACUUGAAGCCAUUGGUUCGAGUUCUACCCUCCAGAGCAGGCACCCCCAAACUCGGCCCUCCAGCUGUUUUGGGACUACAAUUCCCAUCAUCCCUGACCACUGGUCCUGUUAGCUAGGGAUGAUGGGAGUUGUAGUCCCAAAACAGCUGGAGGGCCAAGUUUGGGGAUGCAUGUUCCAGAGCAUGAGAAAACAAGUAUGCUCCCUCCUCCAUGUGACAGUCCUUAAGAUAUUUGAAGAUGGCUAUCAUAUCUCCUUUCAGUCUCCUCUUUUCCAGGCUAAAUAUAACCAGCUCCCUCAAGCAUUCCUCAUAAAGCUUAAUUUCCAGACUCUUGAUCAUCUUGGUUGUCCUUCUCUGCAAACGUUCCAGCUUGUCAACAUCCUUCUUAAGUUGUGGUGCCCAGAAUUGGACACAGCAUUCCAAGUGUGGUCUGACUAAGGCAUUGCCAGAUAUCAGAUGAAUUUUAAUUAGUUUUUGAAGGAACAGUAUAGUUAGGUUCCGUUUAAUGCAAGUUGUUUUACUAAAUAAUUUGAUUCUGUGCUGAUUGAGAAUCAGUAAUAUCUUCUUAAUUGCAUCAUAAAGCUGUUAAAGUUUAGAAUAAAAUUGCUCUUCCCUAACCAUAUUUGGGAGGUACUCUCAAGUAAGGAUUACUCCAAAGAAGUCUUGCUCACUUCACAUAACCCAAUCUGGUCUCUGGUUUAGCAGUGUGUUACAGGCAAUGAGGUGAAACAGGAAAAAUUUAGAACACAUGUUAAUCUCAAGUGUGAAUCCAGUCAAACACUUAUCAAGUUGUCUUUGUGACGGUGAUGGUGAUGAAGAGUUCUCUGCCAUUUUUACAUCCUAGAUCCUUGGAAACAUGCUGUGAUAUUGCUGUGUGCUUCCAGGACAAAGUUCUGUCCUGAGUUGGUAUCCAACUAAUUUUGCAGUUCGGUCUUCUUAUGCUUAGAGUACCUUCUAGUCUAGUUUUGUGGUAUGAGGAUGUAGGUAAGGGGGUUGGAGAGGUGCUGCCUGCUUAACUGGUUCCUUUCUUGGCUUAUUGCAUCUAGCCUAUACACCUAUUUACUAGAAGGAGUGAUUCCAGCUGCUUUGAAAUUAACAGUUAUGAGGUUGCUUCUGAAGAAACUCUCCCUGCACCCCAAGAGCCAUAAAAAUUGUUGGCUAAUCCCAACUCUCCUCCUUGGGCAGAAUGCUUGAUGGUUGGUUGCCAAGAAAUUCCAGUUACUCUUGAAUCAAACUCUCAGCAGUAUUGGUAUAAUCAGCCUCCUUUUGGAAAGACUCCCUGAUUUCAGAGUUGAAAUCACAGUAGUAUAGUAGUAGUAGUAGUAGUAGUAGUAAUUGUAAUUUAUUUAUACCCUGCCCAUCUGGCUGGGCUUCCCCAGCCACUCUGGGUGGCUUCCAACAAAUUAUUAAAAUACAGUAAUACACUAAACAUUAAAAGCUUCCCUAAACAGGGCUGUCUUCAGAUGUCUUCUAAAAGUCUGGUAGUUGUUCUCUUUGAUAUCUGGUGGGAGGGCAUUCUAGCUGAAGGGCCACUUCCAGCUACUACUGUUGGAUCCCAUAGGAUGACGUUCUAGCUGAAGGGCCACUUCCAGCUACUACUGUUGGAUCCCAUAGGAUAUAUGUUCGUUAUGUGGUCCUACAGGGUUCUUUUUUCUCCCCUCUUCUGUUUCACAUUUACUUGAAGCUGCUGGGUGAGGUCAUCCAAAGUUUUGUAGUGUGGUGUUUCCAGUGUAUACACUCUUGUCUCUCCUUGACAAUGGAUUUAGUCAAGGUAGUGGAAGUGCUAAGUUGUCCACUGGAAUCAUGAAUGGACCAAAUGAUUGCCAACAAACUGAAGCUCAGUCUUGUCAGGAUUUAUCUACUGUUAAAAGGUGUUUUGUCUAGGGAACCAGUAGUCAACCAGUUCUGAAUGGGAGUGCACUCCACUCUGCAGAUUUAUUUAUUUGGGUGGGAAAUACUCAUGGUUCUAGCUUUAAUACUGUUCUUAGCAACCCUGAAAUCAGUGGAUGUAACAAUAUUUUUAAUUAUAACUGGUUUUAGACUAUUUUAACCAUUUUAGAAUGUUUUUGAAUUGUAGGUAUGUUUGCAGCCUUGGGCUCCUGCAGUAGGUAGGACAGGAUAUAUUUUCAUUUAACAAAAGAUACAAUAGCCUGUCCACAGUUAUCAGUGCUUUGGCGGCUUCCAGAGUAGACAACUGCAAUGCUUUGUAUUUGGGACUGCCUUCUGAAGUUCAGUUAGGUUACUAGCUGGGAUCAGGAAUAUAAUGCUAAUACCUAAAAAGAACUUCAUUGGCUUCUGAUCUGUUUCCAAGCACAGUACAAAGCCCUGCAUAGCUUGUGACCUGUCUCCUUCCUUAUCAAUCUACUUAGGUGUUAAUAUGAAUGUUUGAGGCCCUCCUUCAGAUACCCUUGCCAGAUAAGUUGAAGAUGGUGAUGACGUGAGAAUUUUAUUUAUUGUGGUGCCCAGUUUGUAAAAUUCUCUCCUCAGAGAUUCUUACUUGGUGCCUAUUUUUCUAGGACUAUAAUGCACAAGACAAAGAUUUGUUGGUUUUCCAGACUUAAAAUUCUUUUUAUCUUUUGACUUCUUAAUGUUUGCUGCUGUUACUACUUCAUUGUUCAUUGUUUUAUUUAUUGCCCUUAACGUUUUGUGAAGUGCCCUAGAAAUUUCAGACUGAAAUAUGAUACAAAGUUUUAAAAUAAGUGGAGAGUGAGUCUGACAUUCUAAGAUUUACAAUAUAUUUUUACUUCUUUGCACUUUCAACUUUUACACAGUACACUGAAGUGUCAAAAAUGUGACUUGGUAAAGAUAAAGCAUGCUGGAUCAUGUUGGUCAGGCCACAUAAAAUAAAUAUGUUAGUUGAUUUUCAGGAUUAUUUUCAGUUAAACAUGCAGCAGUGUAACACAAUUCAAAUAAUAUGCCAAUCAAUGUAAGAGAUGAACUAUAUUUCACUCCUUGUGAUUUUGUUGGCAUUGUGUUUCCCAGAAAUGAAUCACAGGAUGUAUAUUGGACUUGGCUGACAUAAGCCAUAUCCAGCUAGAUUUUUGGCUGCCUCUUCCUAUUCUAAAAUCUUAACACCAUUCAGAUGCUGCAGAGUUGAUACUUUGCUUCAUACAGGUAUAAUGUAGUGAUUAAGAGACUCGGUCCCCUGUUCAGAUAUUGUCUCUGCUAUGAAUUCAUGAGGUGGGUCAGUCUUGCCAUCCUCCGUUGACAAUAUGUGGAUAAUAAUACUAACCUACCUUACACUUUUCUAUUUCUUAUUAAGGAUUGUAACAUUGGUUUAGAGUUUUGAAUAUUCUAGGUGCUAUGUAGAUGCCUAGCAAUUAUGAUUAUUCUAGUGGUAAUUACAGUUCAUCUGUAUCAAGUGAAUGAAUGUAUUUGUAGGAUUCUAAAGACCAGAAAACUUAUUUGCUGUAGUACUAAAUGUGAUGGUUGACAGCUGCAUGUCCAGUAGUGUUUAAACAACUAAUAGUUAAAUAGAAUUUGAUUGACUAAUCUGAGUUUAUGGUGGUCCAGGAGUGGUAUUAAUGUAGACUUACUGGAAUUUUCUACCAAGCAAAAGCAAUUUUUACAUCACUAGUAAAACAAAUAUGAAUAUGACUCCUCCACUUUAAAAAAUGAUAUAAAGCAGUACAUUUGAUCAAGAUGUCACUCAUUAUUUUUAAACAGAGGAUGGUGUGCAACUAGUUGUUUUGAGUAUACCUUAUAUUGACAUAUCUGUGUCUUUCUUUUUGUAGAAAGUGGGGCUGUUCCAAAAAAGAAGGACCCAUUGACUCAAACGAGUAACUCACUCCCUCGUUCAAAAUCAGUGGCCAAAACUGGAUCUGUGGGGCUUUCAGGGCACCAAAGGACACCUAGUUACAGUGGCAUAUCCAAUUUUUCUGUACCUAGACAAGGAACUGUUCCCACAGCUUCAACUCAGAAGGUAAGGCAGUAGGCUCCAUGUGCUGCUUGCUUGCCAGUUUGUCUUCAUAACAGAAACAUUACCAUUCAAAAUUGAAGAAAUACAUGGCAACAGAGAGCUUUAUUUCAAAGCUUAGAGUCUUUAAUUGCAAAAAGAGUUUCUAAAGAAAAGUGCUACUUUUACUGUCCUAGCUCUUUUUUGAUUGAGACCAUGUGUUAGAAGUAGGCAACCGGUAGUGCUAUGCCUGCUUGAAAUCAUUUCACAAAAUGGCUCCAAGGGUAUGUAGGUGUGCAGUGGCUUCAUUUGUGAUUCAACUGCUUGCUAAUAGGAAACUAAAACAGGUGUCCAUACAGUUGAUUGUCCUUGAUCAUCUUUCUGAAAAGAUGGUUGGGUUUUCCUCAGUUUAAAGUGUGUCAGAAACCUGCACAAUUUGUUUCAUUAGAGGAUGCUACAGGAUAGUAAAAUGUUGUGUCACUAUCAAACCACUUCCUCUCCACCAUUACUCUUAAAAUCUUACACCUGUUGGUAGUCUGUGUUCAUUUUUCUCCAUGUACUUAAGGAGAAUGCUUAAAAUAACGGUCAAAAUAGAAUAUCCUGGUAAGAAUUUUCAAGAGUCCAAGACCUCCAAAAUAUUGUUGCAUGAGCUAAAAAUCCUAACAUACUUGUUGAUUGGUCUGAACUGGUGGCGAAUAACCAGGAAACAGAGCUUGAGAAUGUGGUGGAUAAUCUAUGCAAAAAUCAACAGAAUGUGUGGCAGUGAUGAUAAAUGCAAAUUUCUUACAAGGGUUGAUUAGGAAAGGGACUGAAACUAACUCAGCCGGUAUCAUUCUGCUUUCAUACAAAUCUCUGGUGCAGAUGCAUUUGGAAUAUGUGUACAGUCCUGAUUACUCCAUCUCAAAGGAUUUCAGAAUGAAAAAGCCACCUGAAUGAUCAAGGGAUUAGAGCAUCUCUACCAGGGGUCAGCAACCUUUUUCACUGUCCCUCAGACCUUGUGGGGGGCUGCACUAUAUUUUGAAAAAAAUAUAUGAACGAAUUCCUAUGCCCCGCAAAUAACCCAGAGAUGCAUUUUAAAUAAAAGCACACAUUCUACUUAUGUAAAAACACCAGGCAGGCCCCACAAAUAACCCAGAGAUGCAUUUUAAAUAAAAGGACACAUUCUAUUCAUGUAAAAACACGCUGAUUCCCGGACCGUCCAUGGGCCGGAUUGAGAAGGCGAUUGGGCCGCAUCCGGCCCCCGGGCCUUAGGUUGCCUACCCCUGAUCUACAAAGGGAUGCUAAAGUGUGUGAAGCUCUUCAGUUAUUUUUUAAAAGAACAACUAACAGGAGGAAGGAACAUGAUAGAGGUUUCUACACUUGCAUGGAGUACAGGAAAUUGAUUCCUUUAUUUAUGGAAAUCGGUAUUAAAAUAUAUGGUGAUUGCCACUGACUUGAGAUGGCUCUAAAAGGGGAUUAAACAAAUUCAUGAUGUGUAGCUCUGUCAGCCAUAGUAGCAGUGGAACCUCCAGAUUUAAAGUCAAUAUUCCAAGGAACUGGGGGCUGUCCUUGUGUUUUUUCCCCAAACAAUAUUGAAAUAUUUUUUAAAAAAUUGUUUCUUCAGGCUACUCCAAAAAAUAAUAGAGCCAACAAGCCUUCUACUCCUACAACUGCUGUGCGAAAAAAGAAAGACAUGAAGGUUUUUAGAAACGUGGAUAGUAAUCUUGCUAAUCUUAUUCUCAAUGAAAUAGUAGACAGGUAAGCAACAUCAGUGGUUGUCUUUAAUAAAGACAGGGUUAUUUUUUUAGAUUGCUAUGUAAGAAAAGUGGGUUUCCCCCCCAAUAGGGCAAUUAAGAUAAAACAUAUUAAUUUUUCUGUAUGAGUUGAUAGCAGAAUUUAGUUUUGGGGGUCUAAAUAAAACAUGCAGGUGUGGUUAUAGGAAAUGAAACAUUGAAUAUAAAUGUGGGUAAUUUCAUAAUUUUAAUGGAUUUCUUAAAUGGCAGUAAUGGUAUAAAACUAGCCAGCUGUACUCCAGAGCAAUGAAAUGUCUAUUGUUGCACUAAUUGGUAUUCUGUAUCUGUUAGUGGGCCAUCUGUCAAAUUUGAUGAUAUUGCUGGGCAAGAGCUGGCUAAGCAGGCACUGCAAGAAAUUGUUAUUCUCCCUUCACUUAGACCUGAGGUAAGCAAUAUGUUUCCUAUCAGUUUUUAUAUUGCACCUUAGAGCCUUCUGUUCUUUGUAUAAAUGAUGUAUGCUAUUUAUGUUAAUGCUGCUCAUUUACAAUUUGGGAUUAAUUCACAUAAUGUACCAAGAAAAGGAUCAAGACUGUUUCCAGAGAAAUCUUGCUAUAUUUGCAUCUCUUCCUUAAAAGUAGUAAUAAAAACCAUGAUUCUUAAUUGUAACCCAGUAGGGUUGUGAAUAAUUAUGACUAUUCAAUGGAGUGAAACUUAUCUGGUUGCAUGUAGCCCUCUUGUCCAUAGUAUCUAUUUAAAAUAUUUAUAAACUGACUUUUUUAGAUCUAAUAUGUGUUCUAUAUAUAGCAUUGUAAUAUGUAUACUAAGUAGUAGCUAAUCACAAACCACACACUAGUGCUGAAAUGCAUUCCCAUCCACCAAAAUUUCCAAAAACUCUCUUCUAUGAAUUUUGGUGCUAAGUAUCCACUAAAGAAAGGGGCAAAAAUGACAGCCAAAGUAUACAAAUCUCACAGGAAGGAGAGGGGGCAUUAGGUUGCAAAGACCUGCUGAUCACACGCAACUUCAAAUUCUGAUAAACAUAGAUUGAAACACUAUAAAGUUAAAUAUAUACUGUUAUGCUGACAUAAUGCAAGUCCAAAAUUAUUAUUUAAAGGUAAAGGUACCCCUGACCAUUAGGUCUAGUUGCAGUCGACUGUGGGGUUGUGCGCUCAUCUCUCUCUAUAGGCCGAGGGAGCCGGCGUUUGUCCGCAGACAGCUUCCAGGUCAUGUGGCCAGCAUGACUAAGCCGCUUCUGGUGAACCAGAGCAGCUCACGGAAACGCCGUUUAUCUUCCCACCAGAGCGGUACCUAUUUAUCUACUUGCACUUUGACGUGCUUUCAAACUGCUAGGUGGGCAGGAGCUGGGACCGAGCAAUGGGAGCUCACCCCGCCGUGGGAAUUCGAACCGCUGACCCUAGGUUCUGUGGUUUAGACCACAGCGCCACCCGCGUCCCUAAAUAAUUAUUUGGCCAACAUAUUAAUAAAUAUCCUUCUAUGUUUAGGUAUCUAAUAUAAAUACAGCCACUGGAUACAACCUACAGUGUGUGUCAGCAGAAGGAAGCUUGCAAAUUAUUUAUUCUUCCCUCCCCCCUCCCUCCUGCAGCACCCUGUCACCCUCUCCUGGAGCUAGAGGGGCAGGCAACUACUUAAUAGUAUGGGAUGUGUCAUACAGGUAGUAAUGGGUGGGAGAAAUCACCCUUAAUUGUGUAGAGGAAUCUUGGACCAGUGGAGCUCUGUUGGUGCAAGAUUCUUCAACUCAGUUUCAUGUGAUUCCCCCCCCCCCCACCUCCCAUUAUAGCUUUGCACGAAAAAGCCAAUGACGCUGUGAAGAGAGUUAACCUGGCCCUGGAAAAAAUGUCCAGCAGUUAUGGGCCGUUGGAGAAUAUCCCUUUCCUGGGCAAGGUACAGGAGAGAGAGUAAAGGCUAGUCAACUCUAGAUACUCUUGGAUGAAACUGGCUUUGUUGAUCCAUUUCAGUUAGGCUAUAGGCCUUAUUUUGGGACAGAAGCUGAAAUGUAUUGAUUUAUUACGGUCACAGACCAGAAAUACAAGGAACAGAAAAUGUUCAUGGUCACCCUGUGGGAUGACCUUUCUAAGGGGGCGGGUGCAAUGUUAAUUUGCUUGGGUCUUUCUGACGUUUGAUGCCAUUAUCCAUAAUAUCUUCUGCGUCUGAGUUGCUUAUUGGAGGAACUACUUGGCAGUGGAACUUUCUGCUGAGUAGCUGGCUGAUAAUACAACAAAACACACACUUUUUGUAAGAUAAAUGUAGGACUGCUCUGACAAUAGAUGAGGAAGAGCAGAAUGCUGGAAUUGAUGGUUUGAAAAUAGGUGGACCUGCAUAGAGGAGUAUUUUUAAAAAACUUGUCCAACUCUGGGCUACAUACAGAUCACUUCUGUUGUGUUACAGCUAGAUGAUCCAAAGCUAUUCAAGCUAAAACCCUGUCCUUUCCUUUCCUUUUUUCUUCUUUGAUAGGGCCUGCUCUGGCCAUCCUCCUCCCCUCUUGUUCUCUUUCCCUAUGCUUACUCUACUGCUGAUAUUAAGUUGCAAGUCUGGGUUGAGAUAGCAGGUCUUCCAGUGGUCUGGAAUGACCUGUCUUUUUGAAAGUUAUAUACAGUGGUGCCUCGCAAGACGAAAUUAAUUCGUUCCGCAAGUCUCUUCGUCUUGCGAGUUUUUCGUCUUGCGAUGCACGGUUUCCCUAGGAACGCAUUGAAAAUCAAUUAAUGCGUUCCUAGGAAACCGCCUUCAGACCAGGUCCGGGGACAGUCUGUCCCCGGACCUCUUCUGAAGGCUGGGGGGGGGGCAAGGGCUUUUCUUCCCACCCACCCCAGCAUUUUAAAAAACCCCGGGACAGCGGAGGACUUCUCCGCUGUCCGGGCGAUCUUAAAAUGCUGGCGGGCGGCAUUUUAAAAUCACCCCGGGACUGCGGAGGACUUCUCCGCUGUCCGGGGCAAUUUAAAAGCCCCUGGGAAGGCAGGCAGGGGGGACAAGACUUUGCCCUCGCCAGCCUUCAGAAGAGGUCCUGGACCUCUUCUGAAGGCGGGCGGGGGCGAAAGUCUUGCUCCCCCGCCUUCAAAAGCCCUCCGGGACAGGCAGGCAGGGGAGCAAAGACUUCGCCCCCGCCCGCCUUCAGAAGGUCUUCCUCCCCGCCCGGCUCGGAGCACCGCUCCGGCCGGGCGGCGGCGGGAGGUCUUCCUCCCCGCCCGGCUCGGAGCACCGCUCCGGCCGGGCGGCGGCGGCAGGUGUUCCUCCCCCGCCCGGCUCGGAGCACCGCUCCGGCCGGGCAGAGGCGGGAGGUCUUCCUCCCCACCGCCCGGCUCGGAGCACCGCCCGGCCGGGCAGAGGCGGGAGGUCUUCCCUCCCCCCGCCCGGCUCGGAGCACCGCUCCGGCCGGGCGGCGGCGGGAGGUGUCCCUCCCCCGCCCGGCUCGGAGCACCGCUCCGAGCCGGGCAGAGGCGGAGGUCUUCCUCCCCCCGCCCGGCCUCGGAGCACCGCCCGGGCCGGGCGGCGGCGGAGGUGUUCCCUCCCCGCCCGGCUCGGAGCACCGCCCGGGCCGGGCGGCGGGGAGGUCUUCCUCCCCACCGCCCGGCUCGGAGCACCGCUCCGGCCGGGCAGAGGCGGGAGGUCUCCCCUCCCCCGCCCGGCUCGGAGCACCGCCCGGGCCGGGCGGCGGCGGGAGGUGUUCCCUCCCCCGCCCGGCUCGGAGCACCGCUCCGAGGCUGGGCGGCGGGGGAGGUCUUCCCUCCCCACCGCCCGGCUCGGAGCACCGCUCCGAGCCGGGCGGCGGCGGCAGGUGUUCCCUCCCCCGCCCGGCUUCGGAGGGAGCCUUCCGAGCCCGGUGGCGGCGGGAGGAGGUGUCCCCGCCCGCCGCCAGGCUUCGGAGGAGGUCCGAGGACAGUGGGGAAGACGCGCUGCGCUUCCCGCUGUCCCUGAGAUUUCCUAUGGGCUGUCGUCUUGCGAAGCAAGCCCAUAGGGAAAUUCGUUUUGCGAAGCGCCUCCAAAACGGAAAACCCUUUCGUCUAGCGGGUUUUCCGUCUUGCGAGGCGUUCGUCUUGCGGGGUACCACUGUAUUUUAAAGAAACAUCAGUGUUAAAUGUAUGUGUAGAUACUGCCAGUUUCUAUAUAACCUUAUGCUUGUUUACAGUCACAAAACUGUAUGUAACUCUGCUAUUCUUUCAGCUGUUUACAGGGCUUAGGGCUCCUGCACGUGGAUUGUUGUUGUUUGGCCCACCAGGAAAUGGAAAGACGAUGUUGGUGAGAAAUCUGUUUUGCACUCUAGCAUGUUGUUCAGCUCAGCUUUUUGAGAACUUUCCACAUUUGCUUUCUAUUUUUAUGAAAGAAAGGUGUUGAAUAAUCUCUUUGAAAUAGGAGAGUAUUUUAAUUUUGGGCUGUUUGCACUCUGCUUGGAAGAAUACUGAAAAUUUUACAGUAUCUUAUGAGGAAAGUACAGAUAACUUGCAUCUUACACUUAUUUUACUUAGGCUAUCACAGCUUUGAGGGAGUGGGUGGGUAAAUUAACUUGGAGAGAUGGCCCUAGAUGGUUUAAGUGAAUUUGGUGCUUGGUAUUAACAUGCAAAUACCCUCUUUAAGUUAAGAGUAGGAAUGAGCUGUAUACCUUUAUGGGGGAAAAACAAUGCUUUUCUUGAUCUUUCAGUAAAUUGGCAUUUUUUUAAAAAAAGCUUGUAUAAGAUGAUGCAUUGUGGUGCUUUAGUGUAGCACAUUUGGUACAUUGGGAUUUGUAAAACUGUUUUGUUUAUUUCCUAAUACUUUAUGAAUAAAACAAAAAAUGAAGUGGAAAGUUUGCUUCAUAAACUCAUGUUAUCUCAAAUUCAAUAGAGGAAGUUGGUUCUCAUUCCAGUUUUAAUAGUUUAUAUAUGACCCUCACUGUACAGUGGUUGACAGCCUCAGAUUAGCUGCAUACAGUUUUUAUGAAUAAAUUUGAAGAGAUAAAGCAUUUGAAAAUUCAGCUGACUACCUUGGCAGACAUGUCACACUUUUAGGGAAUGACAUGCUAUAUAUUGCUAAAUCAAUGAUAGAUUAUUUGGAUUUUCCAUAACUGUAUUGUACUAUUUCUUACACAUUUAGUAAGAAUACUGUAAACCUUUUAUGUGGUAGUCCUCACUUGGCAUUUUCUCUUAUUCAAGGCCAAAGCAGUGGCUGCAGAAUCAAAUUCAACUUUCUUUAACAUAAGUGCUGCAAGUCUAACGUCAAAAUAUGUAAGUAGCAGUUGUAUAUUCUAGUUGUACACUUUUGAAAAAUACCUGGAGUUCUUGAUAAUGUAGGUUUGGCUCAAAAAAAAGUAACCGGCACCUGGGCUUUUUAGGAGCAUUUGGCAAUGAAAAGUUGCUAUAAACACAUAUUUCUAAAUAAAUGUGAAGAGGAAAUCAUUUAAAUUUCACUGCAACUUGUCAAAACCUAUGACAAAGUUAUUGGCUUGGAUCCUAACUAAGUUCACAGAAAGUUUCUCACCUGCAUUCCCCCUGCAGCUACAUACACCCUGAGAAAUCAUCUUUGUAAGGUUGGGGGUAAAAGAGGAGAGUGCAAAAUACGGUCUGAAGCUCAACAUCAAAAAAACUAAGAUCAUGGCCACUGGUCCCAUCACCUCCUGGCAAAUAGUAGGAGAAGAAAUGGAGGCAGUGAAAGAUUUUACUUUCUUGGGCUCCAUGAUCACUGCAGAUGGUGACAGCAGUCACGAAAUUAAAAGACGCCUGCUUCUUGGGAGAAAAGCGAUGACAAACCUAGACAGCGUCUUAAAAAGCAGAGACAUCACCUUGCCAACAAAGGUCCGUAUAGUUAAAGCUAUGGUUUUCCCAGUAGUGAUGUAUGGAAGUGAGAGCUGGACCAUAAAGAAGGCUGAUCACCAAAGAAUGGAUGCUUUUGAAUUAUGGUGCUGGAGGAGACUCUUGAGAGUCCCAUGGACUGCAAGAAGAUCAAACCUCUCCAUUCUUAAGGAAAUCAGCCCUGAUUCAGCCCUGCUCACUGGAAGGACAGAUCCUGAAGCUGAGACUCCAAUACUUUGGCCACCUCAUGAGAAGAGACGACUCCCUGGAAAAGACCUUGAUGUUGGGAAAGCUGGAGGGCACAAGGAGAAGGGGACGACAGAGGACGAGAUGGUUGGACAGUGUUCUUGAAACUACUAACGUGAGUUUGACCAAACUGUGGGAGGCAGUGGAGGACAGGAAUGCCUGGCGUGCUCUGGUCCAUGGGGUCACAAAGAGUUGGACACGACUAAAUGACUAAACAACAACAAAGGUUGGGGAAAUCCUCUUAAACAAUGUGCGAUGUGGCAAGGGGGCCUGUUGGGGGGCAUUGCCCCCAAAGUGAAUGGACUUUUGUCCAAUUUUGGCACAAGAUUUGAGUAAUUUCCACUUGCCAAGCGGAUACCCCACCCACAAACUUCAGGAAGGCCUCCUGAGCUACAAGAGAAGCUUUUUGAGGAAUUCAAAAGCAGGAAAGGCCGUGCACUUCUUUAAAUUGAUUUUCCUUCCAUGCACUUCUUUAAAUUGAUUGUGUUGGGAUCCAAACCAUUGACUUUAGGUUUUUAUUCAGGAAGGCAGAUAACAUCUAUCGCAAGUACCAGCACAGAGUUGGUGUCAAAAUUUGGUCUUGGUCUUAUUUUAUAUAAAUGAAAAGGAUGAGAAUGAACCAUAUUAACAAACUGUUUUUCUGAAGUAUAUGCCUUAUCUUCUUUUUAGGUUGGUGAAGGAGAGAAACUAGUGCGUGCUCUUUUUGCAGUAGCCAGAGAACUUCAACCUUCUAUAAUUUUUAUAGGUAAAACUUUAGCAUUUUGUAUUUAAAAAAGUAAAGCAGCUUCAAACUUUAACUUGUAAAGCAACCUAAUGUUGUGAUCAGGUAAAGCUGCAUCAUAAGCUAUUGUCCAUUUAUUGGAUUUGUUUUAUAAUUUAAGUAAGUAGGAUGUUUACAGAACUACCAAUAUUAUAUUGGAAGCUGCUCUGUGAAUAUAUAUUAAAAAGUCUGGUAUUGAUGUACUGAAGACAAAAAAAGACUUAUGCAUGCUCGUUCUCAAAUAUGUUAUUAACUUCAUGGAUCUCAAUAAUAGAUUUUGAAUAAAAUGCAAGUUAUUUUACUUACUUCAGUUAUACCAUUAUAGGAAAUGUUAUAAUGUUGCCACUUUCAAUUUUUAGAUGAAGUGGAUAGUCUCUUAUGUGAAAGAAGAGAAGGUGAACAUGAUGCUAGUAGACGUUUAAAAACGGAAUUUUUAAUAGAGUUUGAUGGUGUAAGUAUUAGCUUUGGUAUGAAGCUACAUCAAUGCAUACCGAUUUGUUGUGUUUAAACUGUGGAUUAUCCCUUUUAUACUUAGUUCUUUUUAAUCCUGAAGAGCAAAUAGAGAAGGGACAAGGAAUAUUUUAUUGGGGAAAAGGGAACUGUUUUCUUUUCCUAUUUUGCUGAACUCCAAAUGUUGUCCAAAGUGGUGGCUGGUAAGGUGGUGCAAUACGAAGUCAUGAAAACCAGUGAAGUUGUUUGCAUUUUUAUAAUACGGAACACUAAGCAAAGUUAUUGCUUAGCAAAAAUUAAGAGUUUACCAAUCUAUAACAUUAAGCUUCUUCAGGUAACUAUUUUGUGGCAGUAUUAAUUUCCAAUUUCUAAAUAUUUAAGCUUUGCUCUUUUGGAAAAAAAUAGGUACAGUCUUCAGGAGAAGACCGAAUACUUGUAAUGGGAGCAACUAACAGGCCACAAGAGCUUGAUGAUGCUGUUCUCAGGUACUUUAAAACAUGUGUUAUUAACAGCUGUACAUUGUGAGGGUUGGCAUAGUAGGUAUUCUUGAUCAUUCACUUGGUAUGUGUUGGGUUCCAGUAUUUCAAAGAAUAAUUUAGGGUGUGUUUGUGCACAGAAUUAUUGGAAUCUGCACUGUAGAUGUGGUAUCACACAGGGGAAUUAUUGAAAAUAUUUCAUAGCUGCUUGGAAUGUUUUUAAUAGGAAUAAAACAAUCUUACAAUUUUCCUUUGAAAAUGUAUGAGACAUAGGGUUAAAUCUAAAGGUGCCUUUCCAAUUACAGAAAGUCCUAUUGCUUCUGCUAAUGUAUGGGAGGAUGUGAUUCUUUUUCUCCAAAUCCCUCCUUUCCAUGCCACAUCCCAUACUGUUUUCCGAAUAUUCUGCAGGGUCACCCCAGUCCUCUAGAGCAGGUUUGUGGAUCUGUAGAAGGGCAAUAAAAUGGACAAAAAUCUCCUGUUCUGGUAGCAGGUGCAGAAAGUGACCCUUCCAUGAGCAAAACUCUUUGUUCAUGUGAUCAUAGGAUCCAACCUAUGUGAUUAUUAAAAUCUGUUUUGUAUACCUUUGGGGCCCCUUUCUUGAAUGCUAGCAUUUAAAUAUUGGUGGCUGGGAAUGAUGCUACCUCAUUAGCAACUUUCCUUGUGGACAUGGGGCUGUUUUUCAGGGUGACUUAACACAUCAAGUGGCACAGCUGAGAUAAUGAGGGCCAUAAGUGUGAUGGGGAUGAAGCUAGCUCUUUAGCAGAGGAUAUAGGCUGCUGUGGGUAGUACAAAUUUACUGUUAGAAAAUAUUGAAACAAUUUGAGCUGAAUAAUAAUAAGGACUGGGAGAUCUACAGAUCAGUCUUGACUGCCAUCUGUACAGGCAUUAUGUAUUGGAUUUGCUAAAACAACAAUGUACAAAUUAUAAGCUUUCUAAAAUAAGGGAUUCCGCCCCUCCUUACUGGCUGCUUCAUUUAAUAGACAGUUGCAUUUUUCAGGCAUCAGAUGCUAUUGAACACCUCUGUAACGUCAUAUUUUAGCCAAAAAUAUAUCUGUGAAAACAGUGCAUUUAUUAAAAUUAUUCAUGUGUAGUUGUAGUUUUAAGCUAUUUUUAGUAUCCUCUUACUACAGAAAUUCUUCUUUCAUACCCUCAGAGUGUGAUGUUUGUGCUUCAAUUGUGGCAUGAUAUAGAAAAUGGGCUUUUACAAACCAUGCUUCCUUAAUCAUAGUUUCUGUAUCAAUAUUUGUGUUUUCAGGCGAUUCAUCAAACGAGUGUAUGUAUCAUUACCAAAUGAAGAGGUAUGUAGCUUGUGAUUGCAUUUUAUACACAAGACUGCCCCACUGCUUGUUUUUGGUGCAAAUUUGUGAUAGAUUGAAAUCUUUCGUAUAAUUGCUACAAACAUGAAUUUUCAGUGAGCAUGGUUUAUAAAAGAGUUUACAGCAUAGAAUACAUCCUUCCAGCUCACAAUCUGCUUGACUUUUCACAUUUUUGAAAAUCUAAGCUUUCAGUAAAAAGGAUUUCAAGUCAUAUGGAGGAAAAAUAUUAAUCAGAUGUUGUCACCAUAUGUUCAAACUUUGAGAAAGGUCUGUGGUUAGGUGUUACUGCCCAAGCUGAACAAUUCCUCUUUCAUUUUUAGUUCCUUUUCUCCUGCAAACCUCUUAAUAGCUAGUGCUUCCUUCUUUCUCUACUAUUAUCCCAUUUUCUGCCUAAAUUCCAUCUGGCAGAUAACCUUACAAUCUGGAUUGGUAUAUAUGGGAGGAGGUAAUUUUUCAGGUAAUCUAGACUCAUAGUACAGAGAGCUUUUACUGAGGCCAAACCAACACUUUGACUGUGUAAUAUAAUCAUAUUGGCCAGUUUAUGUCUUUGGCAGGCCUCUUGUUUUAAGUAUUUUUAUAACAUUAACUUACACAAGAUUUCUUGUUUGUAUAGUUAUAAAUAGUGACCGUGAAUAUUGUGCCUUACAGACACGACUGCUUUUACUAAAAAAUCUUUUGAGCAAGCAAGGAAAUCCAUUAACCCAAAAAGAGCUGGCACAGCUAGCUAGGUGAGUAACUUUUUCUUUGUUGUUCAUUACAGCUGGUGUAUGUGUAGUAGGAUUUGCAGCUGUUGCACAUCAGCAGGGAUUCUAAAAAUAAUUCUUUUGAGUAUGUCAUGCAGAUGUCUUCCUUCCUUAACUGUUUAUGUAAAUAUCAAUACUUGAUGCAUCCAUCAAACAUAACACCACUGACCGUUUGAUACUAAAGCUAAACUUUCAUUACAGAAACAUUAUACAUUCAAUAUAAUACUAAUUUUAAAUUAACAUUUUAUUUAGGUUUUUUUAAAAAGCAGGCUGCCUUUGCUACAAGCUAGUGACUUAAAAUAUUGUAAACUUGUUGAGUUUCUUUAAUGCAGUUAUCCACAGGAAAAAACUGAAAUUGUGUUCACUUUCUCUUUACAAAGAAUGACAGAGGGAUACUCAGGGAGUGACUUGACAGCAUUAGCAAAAGAUGCAGCACUGGGUCCUAUACGAGGUAAGCUUGGUUACCUGUUAAUGAAAAAAUUAGAUCAAUGAACACUUUUCUGUUCUGUGCUGUGCUAGAUAAAGCCUUGAUUUCAAAUAUUUUUUAAAAUACAGCUGGAUAGUAUUAGACAAGGAUUUUUAUUGUGCCAUUCACUAUGAAGAGAUUACAUGAUACAUGUUUACCUUCCCACCGCAGCAGUAAACCAUUGAGCCUCUUGGACUUGCUGAUUGGAAGGUUGGCAGUUCGAAUCCAUGUGACACAUGAGCUCCCAUUGCUCUGUCCCAGCUUCUGCCAACCUAGCAGUUCGAAAGCAUGCCAGUGGAAGUAGAUAAAUAGGUACUGCUGUGGUGGGAAGGUAAACGGUGUUUCCGUGUGCUCUGGUUUCCGUCAUGGUGUUCCAUUGUGCCAGAAGCAGUUUAGUCAUGCUGGUUGCAUGACCCAGAAAGUUGUCUGUGGACAAAUGCCGGCUCCUUUGCCUGAAGCGAGAUGAGAGCCGCAACCCCAUAGUUGCCUUUGACUGGACUUAACUGCCCAGGGGUCUUUUACCUUUACACCUAUUUAUCUACUUGCUCUGGUAUGCUUUUGAACUGCUAGGUUGGCAGAAGCUAGUACAAUGCAAUGGGACCUUUAUAAAAGUAUAAAUACUCUGUUGUAUAUACAUUCUAGAACUAACAAUUUAUUCCAAAGCAUCUGAUACAUCUCUCAACAAAACUAAGCCUAGUAUCCAGUUUUAAAAUGCUAAAAAAAUCAUAAAUAGAAUGAAGCUUUAAAAUACGAAUUCAUUUCUUUUUAUUUUAAUACUGUCCUAGAAAUAAUAAUUUUACAAUAUAACCUUAGUAAUUUUUCAGAUCGGGACUGAAAAAAUAAUGGAACCAGGUGAUUGCUGUUGAUGCCUUAUCUCAUUUGACUAUUACUUAGUGUGUUUCACUUUCCAGUACUAAGAUAGGGAUGUUUCAGAUAUUGGGACUUCUGGUGGGAGAUAUUUUUUUCAAAACACAUUUGAUAGUUAUUUCUUUAAUUUACAGAACUAAAACCAGAGCAGGUGAAGAACAUGUCUGCCAGUGAGGUAUGCUGUUUUAAGAUUUGCUUUGCCAAACCAACUAGUUAUUUUUGCUUGUUUUGUUUUUACAACUUCUAUGAAAUAGAAUCACUCUCUUGUUUUCAGAUCUUUCUGCCUUAUAUUUUCAUAAUGAUUUUGUGAUUUUUGUUAUUGCUGCAUUGGUUGUGUAAAUGUGGUGUUCACUUUAGGUUUGGAGAUAUUCCUAAGAGCAGAGCAAAGCUGUCUAGCUUUUAAUACUUGCUGCUGCAGCAAUUCACCUUGUAAAACGAGUUGCCUGAUUCAUGUAUCUAAUCCACAAAAGACAACAAAACAGCCUGAAAAUACUUCAUGGGGAAGAAGAUCUCUAAGUAACAUGGGAUAGAGCCAAAUUUGCCCCUCAGGGAAUGUAAUGUCUUACUCCAUUUGCACAUGGAACCAGGAUCCAGCAGAGGUUCUGCACCCCCACCCCCACCAAGAUGAAGCAACUCUUAGAGCCCAAGCCCUUCAGAUAGUCUUUCAAAGGGGUCACAGGAGGCUGCAGAUAGAAGGAUGAAUUGGCAGGACCACUUCUCCUUGAUUCAGCACAACUGAAACUCUGAGGAGUGCAAUUCUGGAUCCAGCCUGAUAUCUGUAUACUAAUCGAGGAUUGAUAACAUAAACACAUGGUAAAAGUGGUCCCAUUCCCUUUUCAUUUCAAAUUUAAUGACGUACUACUGUAUCCCUCAGUCUGUCUCACCAGCUUGUCCUAGCAAACACUGCCUGCCAAUAAUCCAACAUCAUUUAUAGAUGGAAAUAAUCCCUUAAAGGACAGUUUCUUAUCGCCAGGCCUAUUGCCAAGCACAACAGCACUAAGAUUAAAUAAGCCUUUUGCAUGUUCCUUAAGUGUAAAGGCAGCAUUUACACCCACCCCAGCACUGGAGUGGGGAGAAGUUAUGCCUCCCCCCCCCACCUCUGAACUUAGCAGUGUAGCGUUAGACACUCUGUGUGUGUGUGUGUGUGUGAGAGAGAGAGAGAGAGAGAGAGAGAGAGAGAGAGAGAGCUGUUUGCCCACAUGUCUGGGGGAGGUUUGUGACAAGCGGGGGGUCAUAGAGGCCCUUAGGUUUUUCUCUUUUGUGCUUUUUGCCCCAUCAACUUUUGUCCUCUCCAUUGAAAUGAGGCUCCUGGAUGGUUGGUUAUGUUGAAAUCAAGUGCUCGGGUUGAAAGCAGCUCUCCAUCUUGGCUUUAGGAUUUAUAGCCUCCUAGUCAGUACAGUGGUACCUCGGGUUACUUUGCUUCAGGAUGAGAACAGAAAUCGUGCAGUGGCGGCAUGGCAGCAGCAGGAGGCCCCAUUAGCUAAAGUGGUGCUUUAGGUUAAGAACAGUUUCAGGUUAAGAACGGACCUCCGGAACGAAUUAAGUACGUAACCAGAGGUACCACUGUACUUAAACACUGCAGGCCAAAGAUUCAAGUCCCAAAAUGUAUUUCUGUACUGUUUAAAACACAGUCAAGACUAUAAGGCUGAAAGUUAAAAAUGUUCAUGCUAAGCAAAUACUUUUUUAGUGACAGGAAAUAAUUCAUGGCCUGUGAUUUUGACUGGACUUCUGUUCUCAUGUAUUAACAACACCUGGAAUUAAGGCAGGAUUAAUUUUGUUCUGCCUGUUACUGAUACUUUUCCCUAUGAUCCUGACUUUUGUAAGUUUAAUAGCUAAACAAGCAUAUUUGAUAUUCUGAUUCAGUUCAGUCCAAAAUGCAACUUAGAAAGCAAGCAUCACCAAGGUGGUUAAUGUAAAAAACUUUCUUUGCUUCUAGAUGAGAAAUAUCAAAUUGUCAGACUUCACUGAGUCCUUGAAGAAAAUAAAACGCAGUCUCAGCCCACAGACCCUGGAAGCUUAUAUUCGCUGGAACAAGGACUUUGGAGACACAACAGUUUAA